AUGAUCAAGUACCAGCCAGAGUCCAGGAAGUGGGACUACGUAUCUGGCCAAGCGAGAUUACCAGUGCAAUGGAGCAUGUGGUUAAGUCAUACGCGCCAUGACGCGCCCUCUCUGGAGGAGCUUCAAACAGACUUGAUGAGACAACGUCGCGUCCAAGCUUCCGCGCUCGAACUUGAGGCUCAAUACGACGCCGAGCGAGCAGCUCAAAAGCUUGUACCCGAGCCAGCACCUCGGCAAACUCCAGAAAGCCCCAUCAAGACCGAGUCUGCGCCAGUACAGCCAUCGCCACCUCAACGAGAGCGAAUGAAGAUGCCGCCGUCUGCCCCGCCUCCAGAAACGCAAGCUUGGUCUCCGAAAGUUCGACGCCCAAGUCGCAUCGCGCGUCCAGCGAAUGACGAGAACGCUCCAAGCCGUUUGGGCGUCAUCUCGCGCAUGUCCAAGCCCGCUGUUCUCGGAGACAAGGCGACGACAAAGCCUGUCGUAAAGGAAACUGCGCCUCUAAAGCCCACCGUCGCGUCAGUGCGACCUCGUGCCGCCCUCAGCACCCAGCAGCAAGAAAACACCAACGUCGCCGGCAAACGCAAACGCGACGCUCUCGGCGAUGCGACAAAUGGAAAAGUAAAAGUCGACGCGUCAAGCAAACCAAGCAUUGCUGUCGCACCCGUUGCGCGGCCCGCCUCCAGCCUCCAAAGGGCCUCAUCAACGUCCUCAAAGCCGGCCGCCGCAAGCACUACCGCUGCUGCUGCACGCGUCCGUGCUCCUCUCGGCGUCAAGUCCAAGAAUAUCAACCCUACGACUAGCAUUAAUGACAAGGGAAAGCAAUCCGACACCGAGAGCACCGUCUCGUCCGCGGCAAAUGCACGCAUCAUCCGUCGUCCAGGCUCGGUGAAGCGCACUCUCCCGUCCACCACGACGGCGGCAGCAGCAGCGGCAAAGACGAGUGUUACCGUCUCUCGCAAGGUCACUCAGACCGUCCGCGAGGAGACCAAAACGCAGGUGGUUGAUGGCCACAAGGCGCGCGUCGAAAGGAUUCGAGCAACGACAAAGGUCCAAAAAGUUGCAGUGCGCGAAGAUGUUGAUGAAGAUGAGUUGCGCUCGCACAAGCGACCUCGUUUGUCCUCUGAAGACCGCGAGGUACCAGAGGCAAAGGAGCUGACCAAGGUUACUGUCGAAAAGGUCAAAGAGGUGUUGACCCAGGUCACUCGCAAGGCCGAAGACGAAACUCCGGAUGAUCUCGACAAGGAGGACAGCGAAGACCCCCUGAUGGUCGCCGAGUAUGUCGUUGAAAUCUUUGAAUAUCUCCGUGCUCUGGAGAAAACGACUAUGCCCAACCCGAGGUACAUGGAAUUCCAAAAGGCACUCAAGCCUCAUAUGCGUGGCAUCCUUGGAGACUGGAUCAUCGGCAUCCACCGAUCGCUUCGCAUGGUUCCAGAAACGCUCUUCAUCGCCAUGAACCUUGUCGACCGCUUCCUCUCCGUUCGUGCCAUCUCCAUCGAAAAGGUUCAACUCGUCGGCGUCGUCUGCCUUCUCAUCGCAUCAAAGUAUGAAGAGAUUUGUGCCCCGACCAUCUCUAUGAUGCUUCGCUUCUCGGCCAAGGGUUCCGGCGUUGACGAGAUUAAAGAGGCAGAGAAGUACGUCCUCAAGAGUUUGAAGUACAACCUCAGCUACUCGAGCCCAAUCACCUUCCUCCGACGCAUCAGCAAAGCCGACGGAUUCGACGCCGAGUCGAGGACCCUUGCCAAGUAUCUCGUCGAGAUUUACUGCGUUGACUAUGAGCUCGUCCAAUUCCCUCCCUCUUGCAUCGCAGCUGCGGCAAUGUGGCUCGCCAGACUUGCUCUUGAUCGUGGUGAAUGGGUUAGCAUCGCGUUUCUUUCUCCUUCUACAACAGCUGAUGACGUCCUCCAGACUGCCAACCUGGCUCACUAUGCCGGCUACAAGGAGGCGGAGAUUCUUCCAUGUGUCAACGUCAUGCUCAAUUAUAUUCUCAAGGACCCACAACACUCUGCCAUCUUUGAAAAGUAUGCGUCGCGCAAGUUUAACAAGGCGUCGGUGUACAUGCGCUCGUGGGCGCUCGCUCGAUGGGAUCAAGGAUCCGAAGUGGAUCUCCCUGAGUGCCUCGAGGCGCUCAUGGAGGACUCGAGACUGCGCGUGUUGGCUGGACGAGGAGGUGUCGUGGAGCUCAUUGAGGGACCCAAUUUUGGAGACGAGGCUCGCUAA